AUGGCCGUUCAUAGAUUGCCACUACAUCUAAGCAACUCAAUCAAAUUAUUGUGGCUAACAAUAAAAAUAUGGACAAGAGUGAUCGGUACGAGAUACGGCAAGUUACAAGGCAUUAUCCUGCCGAUGGAUCAACACAAAUAUUUGAAGCCUGUUGAAGCAUAUCUUGGUGUUCCCUAUGCUACGCCACCUACCGGUUCAAACAGGUUUGCUCCAACGCGAGCGCCAGCGCCGUGGGACGACGUAAAGACAGUGGAUCAAAUGGGGCCGGUUUGUCCGCAACGUUUGCCAGACAUUUCAAACGAGACUCAAGCUCUGGAGAGAAUGCCUAAAGGCAGGCUGGAAUACUUAAGGCGACUUUUACCACGACUAAGGAAUCAAAGCGAGGACUGUCUAUAUAUGAACAUCUAUACACCAGUUCAAGUGGGGCCAACACUACAAGCGAAAUACCCUGUAGUGAUCUUCAUCCACGGGGAGUCGUUCGAAUGGAACUCUGGAAAUGUUUACGACGGAGCGGUCCUCGCGAGUUACGCGGGCCUUGUGGUUAUCACUAUAAACUACCGCCUUGGUAUAUUAGGUUUUUUAAAUGCAAAUCCAAUACCGCACGUGAAGGCUCGGGUAGCAAACUACGGGCUUAUGGAUCAGAUAGCGGCAUUGCAUUGGGUUCAGCAAAAUAUAGCUCUAUUUGGCGGCGACGCGGGUAACGUCACAAUGCUGGGCCACGGCUCGGGUGCAGCUUGCAUAAAUUUUCUUAUGAUUUCACCUACUGUGAUGCCGGGUCUUUUUCAUAGAUCGAUUCUUCUAUCCGGUUCAGCUCUUAGCUCCUGGGCAUUAGUAGAAGAUCCUGUAGGCUACUCUAUACAACUUGCUAAACAGUCUAAUUGCACUUUACCAGAUGAUAUUGUGAAAGAUCAUGAACUUAUUGUCGAUUGUCUCCGAGAAGUCCCUUUAAAUGAACUUAUGUCAGCUGAUAUAAAUACACCGAGUUAUUUAACUGCUUUUGGUCCAUCUGUAGACGGAGUUGUUGUCAAGACAGAUUACGCUAAAGAAUUACUUACAUUUUUUAUACCAAAUGAUUUACAAGGCUUCACAAGUGUGUCCGGUGUCAACAAUUUCAAAGCGGACAAACGAGCCGGGGAUCGUAUUUUCGGAAUAAGGGGUGGACAAAAUAAAUAUGACCUACUAUUUGGAGUAGUAACAAGUGAAGCUCUUUGGAAAUUCUCAGCGCAAGAUAUACAAAACGGUUUCGAGGGAGAGAGACGCGACAGGAUAAUAAGAACAUACGUAAGGAACGCCUACACAUAUCAUUUGAGUGAAAUAUUCUUUACUAUAGUUAAUGAAUAUACAGACUGGGAAAGAACUGUCCAGCAUCCAAUAAACACAAGAGACGCUGCUGUGCUCGCGCUCUCAGACGCUCAAUAUGUCGCUCCUUUAGUACAGACUGGGGAUUUUUUAAGCUCCACCGAAACCGGACCGAGCACAUUCUUCUACGUCUUCGACUAUCAGACAAAGGAUGGAGAUUAUCCACAACGCAUGGGUUCCGUGCACGGAGAGGAGCUGCCUUAUUUAUUCGGCGCGCCUCUAGUUGAAGGGCUCGGACACUUUCCAAAGGAUUAUACAAAAUCUGAAGUAGCACUCUCCGAGGCUUUCAUCUUGUACAUUGCAAAUUUCGCUAGAACUGGAAAUCCCAACGAGUUGCAGCGUCAGGAGUCCAUUCUGCCAAUAUCGAGGGAGCGCAACAAGUUCAAGAGCAUAGUGUGGGAUGAAUACGACACACUGCACCAAAAAUAUUUGGAAAUAGGUAUGAAGCCGCGUAUGAAGAAUCAUUAUCGUGCCCACCAGCUUUCUGUGUGGUUGCGACUGAUUCCGGAAAUUCAUAGAGCGGGAAUGAAAGACGUCGUCGCGAAACAUAACCUGUUUCGCAACCACAACGACCCGGAGAUGUACGACGGAUUAGUGCGAGCGGAUCCUUUGACGAGGCCCAAUUACUACGACCCCACUAUGGAGCUUUAUCGCAAGCCUUACAAUGUCACCCUUGACGUGCCGUCAACUACAAUGGACACUUACGUCACCACUUGUAUAAGUGUGAUGUCGGCUCGCCCCGGCUCCGCAGUCACGCAAAACCAAGCCCCUAACAGUUCUCAAGAUGCGUCCAAUCUAGAAGUGGCAGGUUACACUGCUUAUUCCACGGCUUUAAGUGUUACUAUAGCUAUCGGUUGCUCAUUAUUGAUUUUAAACGUUUUAAUUUUUGCUGGAGUAUACUAUCAAAGAGACAAAACACGACUACAAGUGAAAGCGCUCCAGCAGCAACAGAAAAGGAAUCAUAAUUCAACUUUCGAUAGUGUUUCAUCAAAGCAUCCUCAUUAUUUUGUUGGACAUUCUCAGAGCUCCAGCACGAUAGUCGAUAUAGACCAUCAGGAUAAAAACGCUAUCAUUGCAUUGACGAAUCGAGUUCCACACUUUACGAAUUCAAACUGUCCCAAUGUUUGCCACACGGGAAUGCAAAUGACAAGUUUAGCACAGAAGAGUAGCCCACCAACGAAUCGUGGGCAAUGUACUACACUACCAAGAAAAGUCGGUUUCAGUUAUCAACAGAAUCAAAUCUGUAAUCCGUCAAACUGUAUGACUCUGCCGAAGAACGCGACAUUCAUGAGUGCGACCAACUUACCAGACGUACAAGCACAGACGGGACAAACGCAGUCGCCCGGCAAUGGAUCAGUUCUUCCAUCCUCACCGCCUUCCCAACAUUUUCAACAAAAGUCAAGGGUGCCUCAAGCGGCGAUGUCAGAAAUGAACGUAUGAGACAUGGAAGAUAUUUACAAUUAUGUAUAAAAGUGAUAUGAACAGGACAAUAACACUAGUGCAUGAUUGUAAAUAUCAAUAAAGUGAAAGUGUAAAUAGACGUUGAGACGCUCAGGUUUAUUCAUUACAUAAUUUAUAUAUAGGUACAUACUAUAAUAUAAUAUAUAAU